AUGCCCGCAGCGCUGGCGGAUCCAGUUGACCUCUUCUCCCUCGUCUACGCCGGCGAGCUCGACGCGCUGCGCCUCGCUCUGCUGCAGCGGCCAACGGAGCUGCACCUGCUCGACCGGCACGGCGAUUCGUUGCUGCACCUCGCGAUCCGGCGGGUCGACACCGCCGCCGUGCGCUGCGUCCUCGCCGCGGGCUUCGACGUCAACACUCGCUCCGCGGGCAACUGGACGCCCAUGGAGGAGGCGAUGGCGUGCGUGCAGGCUUGCGUUGGUGCGGACGCGGCGGCCGACGUGAAGGCCAAGGCGGUGCUGCGCGAGAUCCACCUCGCCGUGCAGCUCGACGAGCAGAAGCGGUGGGCGGGGCGGAGGGAGACGGUGCUCAGGACGCUGCGCUCGAUGCCAGACUUCUCCGCGGCGCCUCGCGUGGAGGAGGGGCCGGGCCUUGUCGCAGCACCUUCUGCGGACCUCCUCCUCGAAACCUUCCCCGCGCAGGUGCUCGCGUGGAGGAUCGGGUCGUACAUGCUCGGCGUCGCGACGCUGCUGCGCCGCUUCCUCCCCUCCGACACGUACCGGAUCCGCAAGAGGGGCGUCCGGGUGAGGGUCGACUCGACCCUCGCCGGACUCGACUACGACGCGCUGACCUGGCACCGCGGCCUCCUCUCGCUCAUCAUCCGCUUCGACGCGGGCUACGGCGAGAUAUGGGGAGAUAUGGGGAGAUAUGGGGAGAUAUGGGGAGAUAUGGGCGGCGGCGGCGGCGGUGGCGGAGGGCGCGACGGCGGCGGCGGCGGCGGCGUCGGCGGCUCGGGCGUUCGGUUUGUGUCUGAGCUGGUGCCGCUGAUGGCCGAGUGCGACCUGUGGGGCCAUCCGAGCACCGACGCCGGCGCGCCCUCCGCUGCCGCCUCGUCGGCGCGCUACCAGUGCCGCUGCAUGCUCAACGUGCGGCUGCGCGAGCGCGAGGGAGUCAUCGCCACCCCGCCCGACCGGCGCGCGCACACAGAGGCGCUGCUGGCGAGCGAGGCUGCGGCGGCCGACAGCGAGCAGCACGACAAGCCGUCGAGCGCCGGCGAUUUGGCGCUGCUGCAGCGGUUCGCGCAGGGCGGCAAGGUGCUCGGCCUCUUCCUCCGAUGUUCUUUGUCAUUAUGA